AUUGAUAGAGUUAGAAAUCAGGGUGUUUUCGAACCCUAAUCGAUGGAGGAAGAUGGAUGGGACGAAGCUGAGGUAGUGGGGAGAAUCAAUGCAGGUGUUGAAGAAGACGAGAGACUUGCAGAGAUGAAAAGGUGCUUAAUUGACACGGUCUAUGGAACAGAUUUUGGGCUCAGGGCCUCAUCCGAGGCUCGAGCUGAGGCUCUGGAGCUGGUUGCUAAGUUGGAGGCAGCAAAUCCAACUCCAAAUCCAGUUGUAUUGCUUGACGGGAACUGGAUUUUAGUGUUUACUGCAUUUUCUGAGCUGUUACCUCUUCUGGCUGUGGGCACCAUUCCUUUGUUGAAGGUCGAAAAGAUUAGUCAAACAAUUAGUAUGAGCAGCCUUACCAUAGAGAACUCAACUACAUUGUCAAGCCCUGUAGCCACCUCGUCUUUCAGUGCAACUGCUGUCUUUGAAGUUCAGAGUCCAUCAAGAAUACAGGUUGAAUUCAAAGAAGGGACAUUUAAGCCUCCGGAGAUCAAGUCAAAAAUAGAUCUGCCAGAAAACAUGGAUUUCUUUGGCCAAAACAUAAGUUUGUCACCUCUACAGCAAUCUCUGGGACCUCUAGAAAAUGCUGUGGCAGGUAUAGCCCGAACUAUUUCUGGUCAGCCUCCUCUCAAGGUUCCAAUUCCAGGUGAGAGGACAAAAUCUUGGCUUAUUACAACAUACCUUGACAGUGAUCUCCGGAUUUCUAGAGGAGAUGGUGGGCUUUUUGUUCUCGUUAAGGAAGAGAGUUCUCUUCUGGAUCAGUAGCAAGGUCCAACCCUGUAUGUAUAUGAUAUGUAGAGGUCCUUGGAGCUUCAUAUAUACAAUACAUAGCUGUAAAGCGAUAUACCUCUUGUCUUUUUAAUCUAUAAUGCCAUUUG